CACGGCGGCCCCGCCCCCGGCUCCGCCCCGCCGGCUUCGCGGGCUGGAGAGCGAGGGAGCCGCGGGCGAGGGAUCGCAGGAUGAGCGAUCGGGGCCCGGGCAGCCGGCAGCGGACGCGCCCCCCGAGCCCCACGGCCCGCGCCCCGCGGCCCCCCCGGCCCCGCGGCCCCGGACGCGCUGCCCGUGUCCCUCGAGUCCCGUGGGCCAUGCCCGGCCGGCCCUAAGUGUAGGCCGGGGGGCGUCCCCUUGCGCCCAGACCCCGCGCUGGCGCCCCCCGGGCCGCCGCCCGGCGCGGGGGCCAUGGCGUUCACCUUCGCAGCAUUCUGCUACAUGCUCACCCUGGUGCUGUGCGCCUCCCUCAUCUUCUUUGUCAUCUGGCACAUCAUAGCCUUUGAUGAGCUCCGGACCGACUUCAAGAACCCCAUCGACCAGGGGAACCCAGCGCGGGCAGUAAGUGAUACAUGUGCUGUGCUGAGCGCGAGCGUUUGAAAAACAUCGAACGCAUCUGCUGCCUCCUGAGGAAGCUGGUGGUCCCGGAAUAUUCCAUCCACGGCCUCUUCUGUCUGAUGUUUCUGUGUGCAGCAGAGUGGGUGACCCUGGGCCUCAACAUCCCCCUCCUCUUCUACCACCUUUGGAGGUACUUCCACCGUCCUGCGGAUGGCUCUGAGGUCAUGUAUGAUGCGGUCUCUAUCAUGAAUGCUGACAUCCUCAAUUACUGCCAGAAGGAGUCCUGGUGUAAACUUGCCUUCUACCUGCUCUCCUUCUUCUAUUACCUGUACAGUAUGGUUUAUACGUUGGUGAGCUUCUAAGGGUGAAGCCGGCCAGGGAGCAAGCCCAGAAUGGACCGGACGCCUGUGCACCCCUAGCCCUGCCCUUCUGGCCACAGAGGCCUCAGCCCUGGGGAGACAGGGGGCACUGGUGCCUCCAGCCUCCUCACCCCCAAACUGCUGCUGCGGGGACCCCCGCCUUCAGAGCUCUCCCCCUCCAACUAGGGCCAGGCAAAGCUCUAACUAGGGGUGGGGACUCCACUGCUAGCCUGCAGUUAGGCAUGGCAGUUGUCCUGGAAGAGGCAGGACUUCUAGUCUUGUCUGUUUCAGGGGAACUUGGGCCCUGCCACCAGGCAGACCUUGAUCUUGGAAGUUCUGGGCAGCCCCCCUUGGCCCUCACCCUGAAGCUCCCCCUGCAGGUGAGGGGGCACCUGCACCAGGAAUGAGCAGGCUCACUAUGGGGGCAGCCCCAUCCCUAGUCUGCCCUCUCCCCUCCCCAGGCUCUCUUUCCAACCCCAUCUCUACUUCUCCCAAACCCAGCCCACCUGCCCCUCGGUCCCAUUUUCUAUGUUGCCUGGAGGAGUCCGGCACCCCCUCCCCGGCCAUUUGUGACAAAAUAUGAAUAAACAACUGAGAACACACA